GUUUUUUGCAUUUCACUAUACUUUUUCCAUAGCCCCUUGCUUCAAGGAACUAGAGGAGGAAAGGAAAUACACAGCAGUAACAAGCAGAAAUGGGCUUUCUGCUCUGGAUUUGGUUCUUUGCAAAAUGAAUAUUGCAUUGUUUCACAAAGGUUGGACCUUCCAGUAGAAUCUGUCAAGAUCAGUGCACAUAAAUCAACAGCUUAUUUUUCUUGAAGACUUCUGUGCAGCUUUUAAAGUUUUAAUCACAAUGAAUUCGGGCUUAUGGAGUCAAGAAAAAGCAAGUUCAUCCUAUUGGGAAGAGCGGAUCUUUUACUUGCUUCUUCAAGAAUGCAGUGUCAUAGACAAGCAGACUCAAAAGCUCUUGAAAGUGCCCAAAGGUAGCAUUGGGCAGUUUUUUCAAGACCGUUCUUCUGUGGGACACUCCAGAAAUAUUCCUUGUAAAGGCAAGAAACUGCAGAUUGGAUUAAAGAUUCUGGAACAACCUCAUGCAAUCCUGUUUGUGGAUGAGAAGGAUGUUAUAGAAAUAAAUGAAAAACUAGCUGAGUUGCUUUUGGCCAUUACUAACUGUGAGGAAAGAUACAGUCUGUUUAAAAGCAAAAGCAGGUUAACUAAAGGCAUCCAAAUAGAUAUUGGCUCGCCUGUUAGAGUACAGCUGAGAUCCGGAGAUGAUAAAUUUCCUGGAGUUGUUCGCUUCAGAGGACCCUUAUUACAAGAAAGGUCCCUGACAGGGAUAUACUUCGGAGUAGAGUUGCUGGAAGAAGGUCGCGGUCAGGGCUUUACUGAUGGACAGUACCAAGGCAAGCAGCUUUUCAGAUGUGAUGAGGAUUGUGGGGUUUUUGUUGCUUUGGACAAACUGGAGCUGGUGGAAGAUGAUGACAAUGAACUGGAAAGUGACUAUGCAGCUCCAGUUGACGCAAUGCAGGUAGAACUUCCUCCUCUGGAGAUCAACUCCAGGGUUUCUCUGAAGAUAGGAGAGAGUAUAGAGUAUGGGACAGUUAUAUUCUGUGAUGUCUUACCAGGAAACGAAAGUUUAGGAUACGUUGUUGGAGUGGACAUGGAUAAUCCUAUUGGAAACUGGGAUGGAAGAUACAAUGGAAUACAGCUGUGCAGUUUUGCAAGUGUUGAAAGUACACUUCUUUUGCAUAUCAAUGAUGUUAUUCCAGAGACUGUGUCACAGGACAGGAGACCUCCCAAGCUUGCCUAUACCUCAAGAGGUGGUGGUGACAAAAGCUUGUUCAAUCAUAGUAAGCCAAAGGCUACAGGAUCUACCUCUGAACCUGGAAAUAGAAACAGAUCUGAAGUCUUCUACACAUUAAAUGGCUCAUCACUUGACUCUCAGCCUCAAACAAAAACAAAACCCCCAUGGUAUAUUGAUGAAGUUGCUGAAGACCCUGCAAAAUCACUUACUGACUCAUCUUCUGGAUUUGGGCAUUCUUCACCACCACUGCAGCCACCUUUAACCAACUCUGUGUCUACAGAAAACAGAUUUCACUCCCUCCCUUUUAGCUUGACAAAAACGUCAAGUACUAAUGGUACUAUUGGACAUAGUCCUCUCUCUUUAUCUGUUCAGUCAGUCAUUGGUGAUGUAAAUACUACGGCUAACCAGGAGAGUCCAUCAACAGCAGGCCCAGUCGGGAACUCACAUGGUCUUGAAGCAGGUUCCUUGGCUGAAGUUAAAGAAAAUCCUCCUUUCUAUGGAGUAAUCCGCUGGAUUGGCCAGCCCCCUGGAGUAAAUGAAGUAUUAGCUGGACUGGAACUGGAAGAUGAAUGUGCAGGUUGUACCGACGGAACAUUUAAAGGAACUCGAUACUUCACUUGUGCUCCGAAGAAAGCUCUUUUUGUUAAACUCAAAAGCUGCAGGCCAGAUUCCAGGUUUGCCUCACUACAGCCCGUUUCCAACCAGAUUGAACGCUGCAACUCUCUAGCCUUUGGAGGUUACUUAAGUGAAGUGGUAGAAGAAAACACUCCUCCAAAAAUGGAAAAAGAAGGUUUAGAGACAAUGAUUGGAAAGAAGAAAGGUAUCCAGGGUCAUUACAACUCCUGUUACUUAGACUCCACCUUAUUCUGUCUGUUUUCUUUUAGCUCUGUUUUGGACACUGUGUUACUCAGACCUAAAGAAAAGAAUGACGUAGAGUAUUAUAGUGAGACCCAAGAGCUGUUGCGGACAGAGAUUGUGAAUCCUCUGAGAAUAUAUGGAUAUGUAUGUGCUACAAAAAUAAUGAAACUGAGGAAAAUACUUGAAAAAGUUGAGGCUGCAUCAGGAUUCACUUCAGAGGAAAAAGAUCCAGAAGAGUUUUUGAAUAUUUUAUUUCACCAUAUUCUAAGAGUUGAGCCACUGUUGAAAAUAAGAUCAGCAGGUCAGAAAGUACAAGACUGUUACUUCUAUCAAAUUUUUAUGGACAAAAAUGAGAAAGUUGGAGUCCCAACAAUUCAGCAGUUACUAGAGUGGUCAUUCAUCAACAGCAACUUGAAGUUUGCAGAGGCACCCUCUUGCCUGAUUAUCCAGAUGCCACGGUUUGGAAAAGACUUCAAAAUGUUCAACAAAAUUUUUCCAUCCUUGGAAUUAAAUAUAACAGACUUACUUGAAGAUACUCCUAGGCAGUGCCGUAUAUGUGGAGGGCUUGCUAUGUAUGAGUGCAGAGAAUGUUAUGAAGAUACUGAUAUUUCUGCUGGGAAAAUCAAGCAGUUCUGCAAAACCUGCAAUACACAAGUUCAUCUUCAUCCCAAGAGACAAAGUCAUAAAUUCAAUCCAUUGUCACUACCUAAAGAUCUGCCAGACUGGGACUGGCGACAUGGCUGCAUCCCGUACCAGAAGAUGGAGUUGUUUGCUGUUCUCUGCAUAGAAACAAGCCACUAUGUAGCUUUUGUUAAAUACGGGAGGGAUGACUCCGCCUGGCUUUUCUUUGACAGCAUGGCAGAUCGGGAUGGAGGUCAGAACGGCUUUAACAUUCCACAAGUUACCCCAUGUCCAGAAGUUGGUGAAUACCUGAAGAUGUCUCUAGAAGAAUUACACUCACUGGAUUCCAGAAAAAUUCAAGGUUGUGCACGAAGACUGCUUUGUGAUGCUUACAUGUGCAUGUAUCAAAGUCCAACGAUGAGUUUGUACAAAUGAACAACGUCCUCUGGAAAACUGAAGAAACAGUGUAAUCUACUGUUGCAUUUGCUGCAUUUUUUUUGGUUAGUUUUAAUGCAACCGUUGCUGGCAAUGGAUGCGAUGACAAGGAAGAAGUUGACUCAGAGAGCAAAAGGAUUACUGUUCCAAAAACUACAUGUGGAGUUCUGUAAUUGAAGUAUUUAAGCAUUUUGCACUCUGGAAAGUGUGCUUGUGUGUGUUUGUUUUAUAAACAAAGUCUAAGUGAAGUUACUAAAACUUAAAGCUUUAAGUGCAUUGAUUAUACACAGGCUUUUUGGAAAUGUUAAAGGUGGAAUUAUGUCAGGAGAAACCUCCUUAGUCCAUUGAGAAUGUAAAGACACAGAGUUCUUGCUCAGUGCAUUUCUGUGGAUCGAGGAUGAUGAUUCUCUUGUGUUUCUCUACCCUCCGCACCCACCACUUCUCCCCACCCUUGAUCUUUUUAGCACCAUAGAUUCUCUCUCUUGAAGAGAGAGUAACUUCAGUUUCAGUGAGAUAAAUUUUAGACUGUUUGUUGCAUAUUAAUUCUGUUCUGUUACCUGCCUACUACAUUCUUUUCAGCUCACACAUUUGCAUCUUCAAAAAUUAACGUUCAUUUAAAGAUCUGAAUUCCUAUCUUGUGAAAAUUAAGCACACAGAUUUGCUAUCUGUUAACUUGUGAUUUGUGGAGGGGAAAAAGAAGAGGAGAAGAGGGUGUUACGGGCAAGCAUAAGCAUCAUUGCUGAAAUAUGAAAUUAGCAAUGAAAGUUAACAGAUGUCUUUUUCUAAGUGUCUAUUUUUAAAGAAACAAAGCAGUCUGGAACAGAACAGCAACUAUAUACAAAUGAUUCGAGGACAAAACAAUAAAAUAGUGGAUUGCCUCAGGGAACGUUACUGAAGUGGAUUCUAGCCCUUGGUAAAACAAAACUGACUUUUCUACAGUACAUUAAGCUACUACCUGGGAAUAUGUUAUACAUCUGACUCUUCAUUUCAGGAUUACUAAUGGAUAUUAAAAAUCUCUGCCUGGAAAGAUGAAACUAUAAACAAAAGUAGAUCGGAGUUUUACUGUAUACCAAGUACCUAAUGAAAACUAACUUGAAAAGCUGCAAAACCUGUGUUGAUGUAAAACAUUAUACUUCGAAGUCUGUUGGUUCCUGUUUGCAGCGAAAUGCUGUUGAUUUAGUUGCUUUUUGGCUACUUCUGUCUACACUGACUAGCGAACACACAACUAUAUAUAUAUACACAGUAAAAUCUGGUUGUACAAAUUGCAUAUAUAUGAGCUGUACAUUUUCAACUCUAAGAUGUUUUAUAUGGAAAACUUCCUUUUGGGAUCAAGUCUAUAGAAGGAGAGGUCACAAAAUAUAACAGAGGAAAAGCCACUUUGAAAAACCCACUGUUUUAAAGACAAUGGAGACUGAUCCCAUAUUGUAGAAAAUGUGGUUACGUUGUUUGUCUUGGAAAACCUAAAAUCUUUCUUUGGGACACACUCUACCACAGAACAGUACUAGAGAGAGAGAUUGGAAAAUUAUGCUUGAAGGACUAAUCUGUCUAAAGCAAGGGGUGCUGAGAGAGGUGAUCUGUUCCAUUAGCUGCUGCAUGAAGUGUGCUCUAAUUUUUCACUCUCAAGAGCAAGAGAAUUUUAUUAGAAGUGUCACUGUUACUUUUGCCUCUAAUGGUCUCCUGGCUCCCAUGUUCCCUUGCCUUAUUUAGCUAGUCUGUGCUCCUUGGCAAACCUCUGUUUCUUUAGUUUCAGUACUCCUACGAGCUCUUGAACUCUUUUUCUCUCCUGAAAAAUUUCAGUGUGGCUUUAGGUGAUGGAUUCUAUAACCCUCUAUCGAUGGAUGGGUUAUUGUCCAUUGGCUCUUCCUUGCCCACUCCAUCCUGCUCUGGGACAGCAGCUGCAGAUGCUCAGAUGUGUUGACAAAGAUGCCAUAGAAGCAUCUCAUAGGCAAUGUAAGGUCAAAGGACUAGUUACAGGUCUUGGCUAGGCCGCUUGUAUUUAUCAAAAUGGGCUCGAGAACACUUGCAUGAUCUGAGCAGAAGGUAUGAUAACCCACCCUUGCCUGUGUGUUGAAGAGGAAGGCCGGCCACAGCUUCCAGGUACCUCGAGUGAUGUUUUUAAAUAGAGCUGUUUGCAAAGCAAAGGCAAGAAGGGGCUUGCAAAAAAAGAGGCAAUAAUAAUAGAACAGACUCUCAACUUGUGCUCUACAAAGUUUGAUACCUUAUUUGAUACCUUCCUUCCCAUAGCCCCAUCGUGACUCUCAACCUGAAAGUAGUUGCAAGCAGUGCCCCCUUCUGAACAAGGAGCAAACAUAAAGGCUUUACAAAAUGAACAAGCACAAAUCUAUGUACCAAUGAGACCAAGUUGAAUGUCUGGAUUCUUUCUCUUCCCUAUCCCUGGAUUUAUUUUCUAUUUUCCCAAUGCAUUAACUUUCAUACGUCUUCCACUUGUGUCAUCUUCCACGUAUAUUACAUACACGUUACCUAAAGUUACAGUUACCUUACCUCUUCCUGCCUGAACUCGGAGAACAACUGUGGAACUGCUAUGGCCAGAGGGGAGGCUUGGACUUGACAACUGUAUUAAAGUUUUCUAGAUGAAUAAUCUUGUAGCGAAAUAUCCACUCGGUUUCACAACUGCAAAUAUCCAAGAAUCCGAUUUUUUCAGGAUGCAUAUUCUGUUAGCUGAAGUGAAUAAAAAUAGAUGGGUGUAAAUGAACUGCUAGGCUUCUUGCUUCCAAUCUUCUGGCCUUUGACUGGUAAUGGACAAGAAGUUGUGUGAACUCUUAGUACUGUGGUAUAUGUAGAGAAUGUACAGGGAAAAACUGAGGGAGUUUAAAUGCGUUAUUGCGCAUGCUUCUUGGUGACAAAUACUGUGUUUUGAAAUGCGGGCAGUACUUUACAGCCUGCAUUUUGUACUACUUUAUAUUGUUGCAAAACUAGUUUUGCAAACAGUAUAUGAUUACAUGGUUAGUUUAUUGCUUAUCAGUUAAGAGGACUGAGAUGUCUUCUAUAGCAUAAAAAAAAAAAAGUUGGUCUUGACAAUUGAGUCUUCUUUUAAUCCAAAAAAUACUGCUUUAUGGUGUACUGCAUUGGACUGGAGACAAUCUGGCAAUGUAAAUGAAAUGUUAUGGAAACUAACCCCAAUUUUUAUUUCCUUUCUCAGAAGGGAGUAUACAGACAGAAAAGUGGUUUCACUGUGAAAGGAAAAUUGUAAAAUAACUUAUAUACAAGGGUAAGAAACUGUUUUUAGCCUUCAGCAUAUAUUGUAGGGGAAUUGAAUAAGCUAUUUUGUAGAAACAGCCUGCAUUUUAAAGCACCUACUGCUGUUAAAUGUAAUGCCCAAAGAUUCCAGUACCUCAGCACCCAACUUUUAUGUGUUUAAUGCAUUUGGGAACCUCCCAAUCAGUCCUUUCUUCUUUUAUAUGGUGAAUGUGCCCGUAAAUUAAUAGCACUUAGAUGAUUGCUUCAUGGUUCGGCUCUUAAGUAUUGCUAACGAUGGCCUUAACCUGCGAGUAGGAAAACACAUAGAAAAUACGGUUCCUGACAGCCCGUAAAAAGUUUCAUAACACAUAAACUUUCAUAAUUGGGGAGAAAAACUGCACCCCUAGACAACUCUCAGCCCCUGCUCUGCUAACAAUUUUUAGAAAUAGGAGCUCCAAUCAAUAGAAAAUUGAACAGAACACUGCGCCACUAAAUGCUUGCUUAUUUUGAACAUAGAGGGUAAAGAGAAAAGGUAUUAGUUACAGGUGAUGCCUUACACAUUACUAAAACAAAAAAACCCAAACAAAGGAACUCCAAACCCACAGGAAGCUACAUCAGAAUGCUUGUUGUUUGGUGUGGGAGAUAAUUGGAGGAAAAAAUACAGAAAUACGUAUGUUCAGUAAAGGUCUUUCUGAUAUCUGUGAUACUGAUUCUGUGCUCUUGAAAAAUGUACUGUGUUUUACUAAACGGCCUGUGAGAUUUCCAUUUUAAGCAAGUGUUAUGUGUAACAGGAAUUACUCAUAAUCAUAAAUGGUUCAUUUCAGUGCACUUAUUUUUCUUGUGCACUUCAAACUCCGCUGAAUAGAUGAACUCAGUCACCACAAUCCCUAAUGAUAGCCUGUUUAAUACAAUACUAAGGCACAACACGCUGCAAACUGGAAUUUUGCAGUUUCAGAACUGCGUUGGUGUAAAAAAACAGCUUGAAAGCUUUGUGUAUUUUUACCACUGUAACAAAGCAUGUUUUUCUCUGUUCUUGAUGUUUUGCUAAAUAAACAUCCCAUGUUUUGUGC